AGGUUCCGUGAUUUUCGACAAGCUUGGGGAAAGUACUUGUAAAUGCUGUCACUCCAACCUCGUCCCUGCCGCCAGCUUCUGCGGCGCACAGCGCGGAUAAGCAUCUCUCGACGUCAUCUCGGGCACAGCCACUCGUCUUGUGCUGUUUCUGGAGGGCUUCAGUCCCAGACACCGUCGUCUCCGCCAUCCAAGCCCCCACCCCGAGUCAUCUUCUCCGGGAUUCAACCCACGGGCGUCCCGCAUUUGGGUAACUAUCUAGGUGCCCUGAGAGAAUGGGUCAAGAUACAAGAUAGUUCCAAUGGAUCCGAGACGCUGUUAUUCUCCAUAGUCGAUUUGCAUGCCAUCACUGUGAGGCAGUCCGCCGAGCAUCUCCAGCAAUGGCGGAAGCAGAUGCUGGCCAGCUUCGUGGCCGUAGGGCUCGAUCCCACCAAAUCUUUGCUCUUCUGCCAGUCUUCAGUGCCCGAGCAUGCCGAAUUGAUGUGGAUUCUAAGCUGCAAUGCGUCAAUGGGUUACCUGGCCCGCAUGACGCAGUGGAAGAGCAAAAUGGCUCUGCCUGACACAGCUUCGCCAUUCGAUACCUCGUCUGCAUCUGCAUCGACGUCGCGAGAGUCUACCAAACUUGGACUUUUCGCCUAUCCAGUCUUGCAAGCCGCCGACAUUCUCCUCUACGGCACCACACAUGUUCCCGUUGGCGAGGACCAGGCGCAGCACCUCGAGUUCUCAAGGCAGCUUGCGAAUACUUUCAACCACACAAUCACGCCUCAGGAUCCAAUAUUUACACUGCCAGAGACUAUUCUGUCGCCUGCGAAAAGGGUCAUGUCGCUUAAGGAACCUUCAAAGAAGAUGUCAAAGUCGGACCCCGACCCCAAGUCCAGAAUCCUCAUCACCGAUGAGACGCAGGAUAUCAGAGCGAAGAUAAAGGGCGCAUUGACCGACUCCAUUGAAGGCAUCUCUUACGAUCCUACCACCCGCCCAGGAGUGUCGAAUCUCAUUGACCUGAUGUGCUAUAUGGAUCCCACCAUCUCCCUGACUCCUCAUGAGGUGGCAAACGAUAUGCAGAACGUCUCCAUGCGUUCACUGAAAGAGAAGGUCGCGGAUGUAGUUGACCACAACUUGCGGGGCAUAAGGGAGAGAUAUAAGUCUCUCAUGAGCAAGGAACCAUCGUACCUCGCGGCAAUCAAUGAUCGCGGUGCAUCGGCAGCACGGAAGAUCGCCCAAGGCCGGAUGGGGGCAAUUAGGGCGGCGCUGGGGAUGGGCAGCCUGGAUUCCUAAUGUGCGUAACGCGAGUUACUAGAGGAAUUGUAGGAUAUACCACACUCGUAGGAGUGUAUGUGUACAAUAUGUAGGAGGCAACGAUUGUAGUUUACGUACCACGACUAGGAUGUCCCAUUAGCUUCAACGGCAGAGUGCCCUUCUUCCUGCGGCGUAUCGAAUAUAGGUAUCACGCUUCUAUACCGCUG